AAAAAGAAGCGGAAGCAGGCCGAUCCGGAGCAGCUGAAGGUUCUGUGCGAGACCUACAAUCGGACUGCAUUCCCAUCAACUGAGGAGCGGGCCGACAUUGCUAGAAGGCUCAAUAUGUCCGCUAGAAGCGUGCAAAUUUGGUUCCAAAAUAAGCGUCAGAACAUGCGGCAGAGCUCACGUCAA